AUGUCUAGUUUAGCUUCGCAGUUGAAGUCAAUCAACGAAAAGACUUCGUCCGUUGCGUUGAACAGACAACAAAGAUCAAAAUUACACUCCCGUUCUUUGAUCUUUGAGCCCAAAGUUGCAGCAACACAAGAUUACGAAUAUAUCCAUCAAAUUUCCACCGAUGGGCUAGAUGAGUUGUGCGAUUUGGAUUCGAGAUUUGCCAAAUUCAAAACAUCAUUGUUUGCAACUGACUCUAUCAAUUUUGACAGGAAUGUGCAAACGGAAGAUGUUAUUCAACAAAUCAAUACCAACAUCAAUGCGUUUUUUACGUUGUUGGGUCCUUAUUACAAUUUUACUGCUGCUCUUACUGCCAGUGAAUGGUUAGUCAGAAGAUUCCAAGCAAACAUCCACAAUGCAGAGCAUAUGGUAUUGUCAGUUUUGCCAUAUUAUCAACAACCAGUAUUUGUCAAAGUCUUGAAUGUAAUUCCCAAACAGAAUAUCCCAAAGAUUUUUGAGUGGCUUGGUAUCUUCAAGGAACAGUUGAAACCUCCCACUUUACAAUCGAUAUUCAGAGCUUUUUACAGUGAUGGAGCAUUGUUCAAAUUUUAUACAUCGUUUUUGAAUGAUCUGAUCAAGAAUGGCACAGUUUACAAAGAUCAGUUGGUGUUUUACUUAUCGGUAACCAUACAAAUUCUUGCGUCAUCGUCCAAGAAUCAGGAGAGAUUGAAUGAUUAUCUAAUUCCUGCCAUUUUGGAGACUGUUGAUUUGUUACUCAGUCAUCAGGGCACUGGUUCUCAGGUACAAAACUCCGAUCUCAAGCUUACUGCUUUUUCCGUAUUGUCAGUAAUUUCUUCCAUCGUUUCUUUGAAUACUAAGGUUAUUAAUUCAUUGACGGUAACUAUAUGUGACGAUAAGGAAUGCGUUUCUGGAACUUUGAUCAAGCCCACGUUGACCUUACUUGUACAAUUGUGGAACGCAAACAAAGAUUUUGAAGUGAACCACGACACAUUUAUUCACUUUCAAUUGAACUCUGAGAGACUCGACAUUUUGAGAGAUUUGAAGGAGAGAAAGUUUAAAGUUGACAGAUUUGCAGCGUGUUAUUUUGUCUCCAGAUUUCCAGCAAAGGAAUCUCUUCAGCUACUUGAACUCAUUGAUCUUAAAAAUUCCGAAUUUUCCAACACUGUCAUUUCGGAAGUUGUGAAUUUCAUUGCCUCAAAUACCGUCUUAGAAGAGACUGCAAGAUUAUUAAUUGUUGAUAUUGUUAAAUAUAUCGUCAAAAGAGCCGAAGCUCAAUUCUACGCUGCACUCGUAAAGAAGAGCUUAGAGAUUGCUGACAUAGAACUCAGGUUGCAGUCCACCGUUGCCGAUACGGCGGCUGAAGAAGAACACAUCGUCGUGAAUGAGGAUGAUGAUGUUGAGGAGGCACAAGAAGAAGUUGAGAAAUUUAAAUACGAAUCGGUGACUGUUCACGCAGACACAUAUUUGUCAUCUAGGAGCGACAUGGAGUUUAAAUCGGUGUUGAAGUCGUUAUUGACAUUGUGCUCUUUGUCAAAAGUUUCAUCACAAAAGUCAAGAAUAUUAGUGUUUUGCCACAAGGUGUUCAAGUCAGCAGAGACUGCCUUGUCAUUCUUACUUCGUACAUCGUACACUCCAUCUGUCCCGCCCAGCAUCAGAAUCAAUACACUCAAGGCCAUUACUUCAAAGGUCAAAGAGUCGGCAAACAACAACACGGAUUUUUACUUGUUGGUGCCUUUACUCUUGGUGGGUCUCAGUACAGAAGCUAGAGGAGAGCGUAUGGCAAUUUCACAAAUCAUAACAACCAUCGCUUCCAUUUCAAGAGAGGUACAUUCCGGUAAAAAGAAGGUCAAGACAUCUUUAUUCAUGGAGGAUUCAAUUUACACUUCAGCAGAAGAAAAGAAGAUGAUUUCACCUCAGGACGCAUUGACGCUUUUCAAUCACGUCACAGAAGGAAGCAACUUAGACGAUGCAGUUUUUGACCCAUCAAAAUUGUUACAAUUGGUCAACUCAAGUUUCCGAGUCAAGCACGGCAAAAAGAGCUUGGGUGCGGUGUACAAAACAUUUAUUCUUUCACAAUGGGCACUCGGUCACUUACCUGUUGUUUUCAAAAGACGCAUUUGGAAAAUAGCAAGUGAAUUGAAUAAGCUUGGUGGUGGUGACGAAAGGUUGUUCUUUUGGAAUACUGACGUGCAGCUGUAUGUGCAACGCAGGUCCGAAUGGCAACAACAAGCAAGAGAGUUUGGGAUCGAAAACUUUGUCCCGAUUGAUGAAUCGUUGGUGGGAUUGGUUGGCGGCAAGAAAAUCUCAAACGAGACAACAGCAAGAGAAUCUGAAUGGCUAGUCAAGGGCUUGGAGCCAGAGUCGCAGAUUCUGGAAGUUGUGGAGGCUCGCAUCAAGGAUGUAUUUGAUCUAUUCCCAACGGAAGCUCAAUUGCAAAUUGUCAACAAGUUGAUUGAACUAUUAGUCAACGACGAGUAUGUCCCAUUUGAUCCUAUGUUGAGUUUACAAGAACUCCAGUUGAGCUCGGCAAUAUUCUUACAAGCGUUGGAGAACAUUCAAAUUGGAGAAAAAUCACCAGAACAAGGCGUUGUAAAGCGUAGAAGAAGGUCAUCCAAUUCAACCAAGCAAGCGAUGGCAAAAGAUGAUGUCACGAGUUUGGCAGCGCUACACAUUAGAAAAUUGGCUAUCUUGUUGGAGGCUUUAGAAACCAAGUUUAGAAAAGAUGACAACUUUGCUGAUCCAAAGUUGUUAAAAGUGUUGUUCAAUAUUUUGACAGAUUUGGAUUAUUUGGGCAACGACGGGAACUUGCCUGUUUUGUACACGCAGGAGCUUUUGGCUUCAUGUAUGCUUUUGGACAUCACCAAUUUGAAGAAUAACAAAGGAGACCACAAAUUCGAUUCCAAUUCCAUUAGAGCUGACUUGAUUGUCAACUCCAUCCGAAACUCGAGCUCACCUCAAGUGCAGAACAGGUUAUUGUUGGUUAUUUCAGAGUUGGCUGCAUUGGCACCAGAAAUUAUAUUGCAUUCAAUUAUGCCAAUAUUUACAUUUAUGGGAGCUCACACUAUUAGGCAAGAUGACGAAUUCUCAAACAAUGCUUUGCAACAAACUGUUGCCAAGGUUGUUCCUGCAUUAGCGGCUAACUCAUCGGAAUCCAUUGGCUCUGAAAUUGAAUUCUUGUUGACCAGUUUCAGUGCUGCAUUUAACCAUGUCCCUACACAUCGUAGAGUUAAGCUUUUUGUUGCGUUGACUCAGACUUUGGGAUGCUCGGAUUCAAUGCACAUUAUUUUAUUCUUGUUGGGUCAGCAGUUUGUUGAACUUAAUCAAAAGAAGAAGUUGGUCGAAUCCGAAGCAAUUGUCGAGUUUGUUGAACAAUACUUGAAAUCAUUCUCAGCCGAAGAACAGUUGAUUGGAUUUGUAAAGUUUAAUCAAUUGGUGAAACAGCUUCCUGUGAAGCAAUUGGAACCUGAUUCCAGCGACUACGAUUCUUUAAAAGUACGACCAAUUUAUGGUAGUGCUAUUGUUGGACUCACCGAUGUUGAAUUCUUGAGAUUGAGAGGCUCUCUCUUCGAAUACUUUGACAUAAUUUUGCGCCUUGAUUCAUCCAGAUAUGAUGUUUUGUCUCUCAAGAGCAAGAUUGCUUUGGUGUUGCUCGAUAGUGAUGAUGGAAUGGAGAAGCAGCAAAUUUUGGACAAUUUCAGAGAACUUACCAGCUACAUUUUAUCCGAGCUCGAAACUUUUUCCAAUGCAAUUCCCAAUAAGCAGAUUUCUUCAGCGUUGUAUGAUAUUUUGACCAACUUGUUUGGCUUGUUGCCCUUGGUCAAUUUCGUUGACUCCAUUGCUGAAUUUUUGGAUAUUGACAAGUUAAGCGACACUGCAUCGAUUAAAGUGGCCAAAAACUAUGCUGUCCUUUCUGCUAGCAAAUUUGAAGAGGAGAUUACUUUUGAUGCAUACACCAAGAUUGGCGAAUCCAUUAUUGAAAAAUUGCUCGGUGUUUUGAUUAAGGGAAUUGGCAAAAAUAUUGAUCCAGAAUUGCAACAAGCUUAUUUGAAUACAUUUGCUGUGGUGACUCGUAAAGUUGGUGCUUCAAAUGCAGACUUUAUUGUUGAGGACAUGUCCAAAUUUAUGUUGGAGUCAUUGAAUGUCUUUACUACAGACUGCGGGUUAUUGAACUCUCAAUCGGAGGUUGUUGUUGCUGCCAUCAACGCUAUCAUCAGUAUGGUUAACAUUUUUGGAGUAAAGACAUUGGGCAUUUUCCCUAAAAUUAUUCCACCAUCGUUAAAAAUCUGGGAGACAACCAAUGAAUCCGAUAACGAAGGGUCUAGAUUGGUGCAGGAAUCGGUUUUAUUGUUGCUUUCUAGUUAUAUCAAGAAAAUGCCCGCAUUCAUGGUCACAACCUUGGACUCCAUCUUGCUAACGACAUUGGCCAGUGCCUUGACAGAAAACCUGAUCAAGUCAGCUGUAUUGAACUUGGUCAUCAAUCAUAUGGAAGCCGGAUUAGUGUUGAAAUCAUUAUGUAAUAUCUGGUUCAACAAAGAUUUCUUCAAGACUGACAAUGCAGCAAGUAUUGGAUUAUACUUGAAUACUUUGGAAUCAACCAUUGAUAAGUUGGAAAAGAAAGAAGCGACGCAACAAGCUUCAUUGUUUUUCAAGUUGUUGAUACACGCCUUUGAGUUCAGGGAGUACUCCCACCUUGAGGGUGAUAAAUUUGAUGACAACACCAUUGGCAGAAUCGAAAGUUCGUUCCACUCAUGUGCCAUUUCAAUUGUUAUGAAGCUUAACGACAAAAGCUUCCGUCCAUUGUUUGCCAACUUGGUGCGCUGGGCAACAACUGGAGAAGGAAGCACCUUGGAGAUCAAGUUAACCUCCAGGCUAUUGUCAUUUUACCGUUUCUUUAACAAGUUGCAGGAUCAAUUAAAGAGCAUCGUCACAUCCUACUACUCCUACUUGAUUGAUACAACUUCAUCUAUUCUUGGCGAUUUUGCUAGUCGCGCUAUCAAAGACACCAAUCUUCGCAGAAUUGUAUUGAUCUCUUUGACAUCUUCAUUUAAUUAUGAUCAAGAUGAGUACUGGUCGCAAGAGGGAAGAUUUGAAAGCAUUGCUAAUCCAUUGUUGAAUCAAUUGAGUAACAUUGAAGAGUCAAUUGGCAAAUACUUGGUAAAAGCAAUCAGUGCCCUCGUUUCCGAUGUCACUUCAAACGAAUACAACGAGCGUGUUUUGAAAUCCUUGAUCAAGUAUAUCUCCUACGACAAUGAAAACACCUCCAAUACUAAAAUCUGGACCGUACGUGCACUCAAGACAAUUUUCCAAAAAAUGGGUGAGCUGUGGUUACCUUAUUUACCUAGGUUGGUCCCCCAUAUUGCAGAGUUAUUAGAGGAUGAAGAUGAACAUGUUGAAUUGGAAGUGAGAGAAGGAUUGGUUAGAGUUAUUGAGAAGAUAUUGGGAGAGCCAUUGGAUAAAUAUUUAAGCUAG